ACAGUGGGGUGGACCCGCUCGGAAUUGCAUCCCUGGGCAGCAGCGGUGCAGCGCCGCUCGGCGCCAACCUGGGCGCGGGCGCGGGCGCGGGCGCGGGCGGCGCGCCGGCUGGCGGGCUCCUGGCCCGCAGGCGCCAAGAGGCACAGAGCAGCAGCGCGGCGGGGGCCGGCGCGGCCGCGCUGCGCAGCGCGGCGCUGCUGGGAGCGGCCGCCGCUGCGGCGCUGCUUCUGUGA